UCAGUAUUUAAUCUGAGCAAUGCUAUUGUGGGUAGUGGCAUCCUUGGUCUUUCUUAUGCCAUGGCUAACACUGGAAUUGCUCUUUUUGUCAGCUGAGAAGUCCCCCCUAGCGUGCUACUCCAGGAAGUGCAUUUGUUGUGGGAGAGAUUUGUUGUUGAGAUCUCCGACGUUGCAAAUGUGCUUCUGGAAAUAACGUAUCUUGCGUGUAAAAGCUGUGGGGAAGAUAAACAAGCCACUAGCGAUUCCCAUGAUACUCCUGCUGUUUGUCUCAGUAUUUUCGCUGUAUUCGGUGCAUCUCCUUUUGAAGACUGCCAACGAAGGAGGAUCUUUAUUGUAUGAACAGUUGGGAAUGAAGGCAUUUGGUAUGGCUGGAAAACUUGCUGCUUCUGGAUCCAUCACAAUGCAGAACAUCGGAGCUAUGUCAAGCUACCUCUUCAUAGUGAAAUAUGAGUUACCAUUGGUCAUCAAGACAUUUUUGAGCAUCGAAGAGACCACAGGAGAAUGGUACCUUAACGGUGACUAUUUAGUGGUGCUGGUGUCUGUCAUCCUCAUUCUUCCCCUGUCCUUGCUGAAAAAUUUAGGAUAUUUGGGCUAUACCAGCGGCUUUUCCUUACUUUGCAUGGUCUUCUUUCUGAUCGUUGUAAUUUGGAAGAUGUUUCAGAUUCCUUGUCCUGCGGAGAGUGACAUCAUAAACAUUACAUUAGUAAAUGUGACAGCGGCACCUUUCUUAAAUAAAAACAUAACAAGUGAUGAUUUGUGCAAGCCAAAAUAUUUCAUCUUCAAUUCCCAGACUGUCUAUGCUAUCCCAAUCCUAACAUUUUCUUUUGUCUGCCAUCCUGCAAUUCUUCCUAUCUAUGAAGAACUGAAAAGCCGAAGCCGUAAAAGAAUGAUGAAUGUGUCCUAUGUAUCUUUUUUUGCCAUGUUUCUCAUGUAUUUAUUGGCGGCUCUCUUUGGAUACCUGACAUUUUAUGGAAGAGUCGAACCAGAACUGCUUCAUACCUACUCUACUUAUCUGGGUUCUGAUGUUCUUCUUCUUACUGUGCGUCUCGCUGUACUUAUGGCUGUAACCCUGACUGUACCUGUAGUUAUUUUCCCAAUCCGCAGUUCCAUUACCCAGCUGUUGUGGGCAGGGAAGGAGUUCAGAUGGUGGCGUCACUGUUCCAUUACAGGUGCUCUUCUGGUGUUUACCAACGUGCUUGUUAUCUUUGUCCCUACUAUCCGAGACAUCUUUGGAUUCAUUGGUGCAUCUGCGGCUGCCAUGCUGAUCUUUAUACUUCCUUCUGCCUUCUAUAUCAAAUUAGUGAAGAAGGAACCAAUGAAGUCAGUGCAAAAGAUUGGGGCUGCAUUCUUCUUUCUAAGUGGUGUACUUGUGAUGACUGGGUGUAUGACACUGAUUAUUCUAGACUGGACCCACAAUGUUGCAUCUGAUGGCCAUUAACUGUCCUGAUUUAAUCUCUAAUACUCCACUUCAAAUGCCAGUGUUCACUCAGAUACCUACUGAGAAUGAAAAUGAGCUAUUCGGCUUCCUUUAAAAUGCAGAUUCUUUGUUGAUGGUUCUUCCGAUUGUAGAAUACCUGAACUCUGUCUUUAAGAAACUAUUCUGCAUGAUGGAAGUGGAUAUUGACAUCAAACCACCUGAGUGUCUGGCUGAAGGAAGUGACAACUUUAUUCCAUUCCAGAGAAUGGACAGAACUCUCUGUAGACUUUUAUCAAGCCAUGUUUGGCUUUCGUCAUUGUUACUUGGAUAUUUUGUUACUUUACUUGAAUGUGCCUAAUGGAACCAACUGAUGUGAGAAAUGACUCUUUAAUUUACAGCAAAGUGUUUAAAUAGCCAAUGAGAGAGAGAGAAACGCUAUUAUUUUUUGUACCAAAAAAUUCUUAUGGACCUCAAAAGCACUAUUUUGACUUUGAGAAACAUUUUUCUAAAAAGAACGAAAGAAUGGUGUAGAAGAGCUCAUUAAAAAAAAAAAAAAAAAUUUGAUCAGUGUCCUAAAUUAAAUCAAGUUUGCCUUUCUGUAGAGGCAUAAUUAGAAGAAAUCUUAUUUUA